AUGACAUUUGACGGCAACUCCAGCACCACUCGUGAUGUGAAUGCUACUUUAAUCUACAGCAAAGCCCUGCCUUCCAACAGUAUAUCAGAACAUUGGUUCAUUAACAUCAAUGCUUCGAAUAAUGGAGAGCGCGAAAAGAACUUUGAAGUUGAACCCGUCCAGACCACCAUACAUGACAUACGAGGCUAUGAAUCGGACACACACAUCGACGUCACCGGCUUCCAAGCCCUUCAUUCGCCAAGCACAGUCGAUGCCGAUCUUAUUCUCAAUGGGACAGAAGAACAAGUAAAAGAAGCAUAUUAUGGUGAGGUCGAAAAAUUGCUAAAACGUGUCACAGGCGCCAAUCACGUUGUUUUCUUCGAUCAUACCGUACGUAAAGUGAGACCAGGUGAGUUGGAUGAUUCCCCAUCGAAGCGUCAGCCUGUACAACGGGUGCACGUUGAUCAAACACCUAUUAGUGCUCAUAUGCGAGUGCAACGACAUGCAUCAAACGUUCCAUGGAAGCGCUUUCAAUUGAUUAAUGUAUGGCGACCGUUGAAAAACCCUGUAUACGAUUAUCCACUCGCUGUGGCUGAUUUUCGUAGUAUCAAUGUAGUCAACGAUCUUAUUCCAACAACACUUAUCUAUCCACCUCCGUUGCCGAAUGGAGAAACCUAUUCUAUUGUUCACAAUCCCCAACAUCGAUGGUGUUACUGGUCAAAGAUGACACCGGAUGAGGUGAUGCUUUUGAAAUGCUAUGAUAGCGCUAGUCGAGCUCUCUCAACGGUGAAAACAAGUGCAGCUCAAGUGGACGAGGCAUUAUUGAGAGAUGUGGCUGGUCUGGCGCCCCACACUGCAUUCUACGAUGCUCAAGGUGCAAAGGAAGGACCAACUAGAAACUCGGUAGAAGUGCGAGCUCUUGUUUUUUACAAUUAA